CCCGCUCCGCGCCUUUAGCCCCGGGUGUCUGAGAGGAGAAAGAUGCAUCGACUCCGCUCACGGGCCUCCACGGGGAUUUCUGCCUUCGCCGCCGGUUCGUCCUCCGCCUGCUUUCGCCAAUCACCCCCGCUGCCCCGGACCGCGAAGUCAACCUCGCAGAGGCGUUGGAGUAAAAAGCGAUCCUGCUCUUCUAUCGGCUGAUUAUCGCUGAUUCCCGGGCGGGGGGGAGCAGAGACACGGAGACCCGGAGAGGGGCCGCGGGAGCCGAGCUGAACGCCGCUGCGACCAUGCCUAAGCCUAAGAAGCGGGGGAGCAACCACCAGCGCGGGGCCGGCGGUCAGCCCAGAAGUGUGCAGCCUUUUAGUGAUGAAGAUGCUUCAAUUGAAACUAUGAGCCACUGCAGUGGCUUCAGUGAUCCUGCUAGCUUCACUGAGGAUGGGCCUGAAAUUGAUGAAGAAGCCACUCAAGAAGACUUAGAAUACAAAUUGAAGGGAUUUAUUGAUCUUACAUUGGACAAGAGUGCAAAGACAAGACAAGCAGCUCUUGAAAGCCUGAAAAAUGCUUUUUCUUCUAAAAUCCUAUCUGAAUUUAUCAUGGAAAGGAGAAUGACACUAACUGAUAGUAUUGAACGCUGCAUAAAGAAAGGUAAGAGUGAUGAACAGUGUGCAGCUGCUGGCCUGGCAUGUCUUCUGUGUGUGCAGAUGGGGUCAGGAAUUGAAAGUGAAGAGAUUUUUAAGACCCUUGGUCCAGUUCUAAAGAAGAUUGUCUGUGAUGGAACAGCAAGCAUACAAGCCAGGCAGGCUUGUGCUACCUGCUUGGGGAUUUGCUGUUUCAUUGUCACUGAUGACAUUACGGAGCUGUACUCUACUAUGGAGUGCCUGGAAAACAUCUUCACAAAGGCCUAUCAGAGAGAUAGAGACACUAAUGGUGUAUCAAGUACACAUAACACUGUGCUUCACAUCAGUGCUCUCUUAGCGUGGACACUGUUGUUGACCAUUUGUCCAAUGAAUGAAGUGAAGAAGAAAAUUGAAAUGCACUUGCAUAAACUUCCAAGUCUGCUGUCUUGUGAUGAUCUCAACAUGAGAAUAGCUGCUGGAGAAACACUAGCCCUUCUGUUUGAACUAGCACGCGAAACAGAUGCUGAUUUCUUUUAUGAAGACAUGGAACUUCUAACAGAAAAACUAAGAGCUCUGGCUACUGAUGGAAACAAGCACCGAGCCAAAGUAGAUAAGAGAAAGCAGCGAUCUGUUUUCAGAGAUGUGCUACGAGCUGUUGAGGAGCGUGACUUUCCAACAGAGAUGGUUAAGUUUGGACCUGAGCGUAUGUAUAUUGACUGCUGGGUUAAAAAACAAACUUAUGAUACCUUCAAGGAUGUUCUGGGAUCGGGGAUGCAGUAUCAUUUGCAGUCAAAUGACUUUCUUCGGAAUGUGUUUGAGCUUGGUCCACCAGUAAUGGUAGAUGCUGCAACUCUUAAAACAAUGAAGAUAUCUCGUUUUGAAAGGCACUUGUACAACUCUGCAGCAUUCAAGGCUCGGACAAAGGCUAGAAGUAAAUGUCGUGAUAAAAGAGCAGACGUGGGGGAGUUUUUCUAGAUCUCCUUUUCCAUGGCUUUCAAUAUUCAUAAUUGAAAUGUAUUUUUAACCUUUAAAUGAUUUUUUUUUUAUUUCUGUAGUCAGUUUGCACUUGUGCACAGAGAUGUUGUAUAAAGUCUGUAAAUACAAUGCAUGUUGUUGCUUAGUUGCAUAUACACUGUACAUAGAUGGGAUGCAGGGGUACAUUGUAACACUUGAAUUAGAUGCAACUUGCUCCAAAGUCUGAAUAUGGUGUUGCUGAACUGUUCAGUGGGGUAAGCAACUGUAGUCAAAUGCUGUGUGUCAGAUGGGAUUCCUUACUUCACAUCAAGGCAAACUAAAUGAAUUCAUUGGCCGAGUGUUCUGGUAAGAAUGUGCUAAGCUCAAAAGUUGAACUUGCUUGUGUGAAAUUAAUCUGGUAACUUUUUAAACUCCUGUGGCUAGAAGGUAGACAAAUUUCUGCAUAGUGUGACUAUCCUAUGAAGUUCCAGUACCUUCACUUACAGUAAAGUACUAAAUGACAAAUACUUGCCUCAAUGUAAAAUAAACCCAAGAUUCUUGUGCUCUGAAAUCAGAAUUUUAAUUUUUGGAAUAAAAUUGUUUCUUGUUGCUUGC